AUGUCUACCGUAUCCCAAUUCCGCCCCGUGGUCAUCAGUGGGCCCAGCGGCACAGGCAAGAGCACUCUUCUCAAGAAACUUUUUGAGGAAUUCCCCGAGAAAUUCGGCUUCUCGAUCUCCCAUGCAUUCCUCGACCUCGUCGCAGCAGAUGGCUUCAUUGAGCAUGCCGAAUUCGGCGGAAACCACUACGGAACAUCCGUGCAGGCAGUGAAGAAUAUCGCUGAGAAGGAGCGCAUUUGUAUUUUGGAUAUUGAGAUGGAGGGUGUGAAGCAGGUGAAGAAGACUGAUCUGAACGCGCGAUUCUUGUUCCUUUCACCUCCUUCUUUGGAGGAGUUGGAGAAGCGUCUUCGUGGUCGGGGAACUGAGAAUGAGGAUUCUUUGGCCAAGCGAUUGGCUCAAGCUAAGAAGGAGCUUGAGUUUGCGAAGCUACCCGGAUCCCACGAGAAGAUUGUCGUGAAUGAUGAUCUUGAGAAGGCUUAUGUUGAGUUGAGGGAUUGGGUUGUUGAUGGUGGUCGUUUCGGCGCAUAA